CCAACAAGGUCAAAAGCAUCUGGGAACUGGAAUGUCUUCUGACAAUGGAAUAUAGGCUCUAGUUAUUUUUUUUUCAGUUUAUGCAACGAAAUGACAAUUGUAAUCACCUACAGGAGUCAAUAUCGCUGUAAGGUGCCUUUUGAGACUUCCCCACUGACUUCACUGGAAAAAAAAGUUUAACUUUUCCAUUAAUGUUCAUGUAGACUGUAUUAAGUAGAUUCCUAUAAUAUAUGGAUAUUGAUGAAGCUUUCUUACUUUUUAAUCAACUCAUUCCCUGACCACCAUUUGCAAAGCAACAUUUCCAUUAGGGUUGCAGCUAUUGAUUAUUUUAGUAGUCAAUUAAUGGAUGAACUAGUUACAUCGAAUAAUCGAGUAAUCGGAUAAGGAACAUGAAAAAUUAAAAUACCUGAGCUGAGCCUCAAAUGGUAUAAAAAAUAAAUACAUGAGGAUCUAUUUGCGACAAAAGAACAAUUGGCUAGCUUACAUAGCAAAAUUCUGCUAGUUUAAAAGCUAUAAAAUGCUAACUUUUUUUUUUUUUUUUUUACAAUGCUCUUAACAAAUGGUUCAGAACAUAUUCCCACAAAAAACGGCUAAAUAUACCUACAAACUAACUUACAAAUGCAUUAAAAAAAAAAUUGGUUAAAAAAAAACCCUUAGCUUAUGUUGGUCUUAACAGGGAGCAGCUGGAUUCAACCAUGUCAAAUGAGGCAGAGUAGAGGGCAGUGUAUCCACCCACAUCAAUAAAACUAAAUGCAAACACUUUCAAAAUUAACCAUUACAACGCCACUUUAAUUAAACGAUUACUCAAAGCAGCAAAAUUUAAAUCGAAUCUUUUAUUAUAAUCGAAUACUUGAGUUAAUCGAUUAAUCGUCGCAGCACUAGUUUCCAUAUUUCCACCCAUUUUAUAGCAUUUGGCGGAUCUUUCAAAACUCAGAAUUUUGUGACAAUAUGAGCACUGAAUCCACCAACAAAACUAUUUUUUCCCAGUCUAAUUAAUUAAAAGUAGAACACGAGUUGAUUUUGUUGAUUCUGUGGCCUAGAUAUAAUAAAAUUGUCCAAUAGCAUCCUGAAGUAUUUUACUAAUGUCCAUAUGGUUUACUGGCAAACUAGUUAUGAGAGUUUUGUGAUCUCCCUACUAUGGAUCAACUUAAAACCUUAUCAAAUCCUAGUCUGUAUUUUCAUGUUAUUUUUCUAUCUUGGACUUAAAAGCUGGCUGAGCUGGAUUUGUAAACUAAAAUCCCACCCCUUGGCCUCUACAACCGCAGCUGCAUAUUAUGGGCUGUUUUGGCAGUGGUGUCGAUGGUUUCUCCCCGAGAGGUGAUUGAUCUGACUGUUUUGAACCCAGUGAAAACAAGCCCAAGGGCGGUCGAUUAGAAUAUGAGCUUUUAUUAAGCGCGGACCUACCCCUGCCUCAUUUUCUUCACUUAUUUUGGGCAGUUAAUGAAAAAUUCCACAGAGAAUAAACAUUCUUAAAGACCCGGGCAACACUUCUGGCCCCUGUUUGAAAGAUGACUGUGUCACCAUCAUCACUAAACAUCAAAAUAAUAAUAGAACAAUAUACUGUAAUGUAUGUUUAUGCAAUGUUGGAAAAGUUAAAAAAUAAUAAUAAAAUGCUCUUCUUCUGUUAGAUAUCGUCAAUUCAAAUGUGACAUAAGAUGAAUUGAUAAGCAGAAUAUUCCGCAAGCAUGCAUAUGGUUUCUUGGAAUCGAAUAAUUGGGAACUGGGUAGGCUUGGACAAUAUAUCGUUUUAAUAUCGCGAUCGCGAUGUGCGCAUACGCAAUAGUCCUAUCGCAGGAUGUCUGAUUAUUAUUAUUAUUUUAUUUUUUAUUUUUUUUUGUGUGUGUGAACACAUAAACUUUUGGUUUGCUUUAUAAAAGCAGCAAGUGUGCCUAGACGUGGCUUCCUGGAACCAUUUUAUAUGCAACAAUCUUCAUCAUUCACAGAUUUUUAUAAGAAAUGAAUACCGUAUUGGCCCAAAUAUAAGACGGCCCUGAUUAUAAGACGCCCCCCUCUUUUUCAAGACUCAAGUUUGAAAAAAAGACUUUUUCAACACCGAAUAUUUAUACAGAAAAUAAUUACAGUACAUCUGAAACAAAUGAUUAUGACAACAUAUUUGAGAGAAAAAGCAUGUUAUUUUGCCUCAUUCAGAUCUUAAUAUCUGAACAUUUAAAUAUGUAAACUAAAGUGCAAUCACAUUUGUAAAUGAAUGGCUUCUGGUUUUUGAAAUGUAAAUAAACCAAUCUAUUGAGAUAAAACAACAAAAUUGCAAUAACUGAAUUAACCAUCAAAGUGACGUCUAACUGUAACUAGUCUUGAAACAAAUCUGAAUAAGGAAAACAUUGCAAUAAAAUAAUGCAAACUGGUUAAACUUGAGAGUGGCUGAGAUCUUUCAUGACAACAUCGCUUUAAUGAUAUCUGGUGCUAUCUAGUGUCGUGAAUGGGUAUAAUGUCUAGACGACGAAUAUAAGACGACCCCCACUUUUUCAGUUUUAUUUCAAUGCAAAAAAGACAGUCUUAUAUUCGGGCCAAUACAGUAAUAAAUAAAUUAGGGCUGCAGGUAUUGAUUACUUUAGUAGUCAAUUAGUCGAUUAACUAGUUAGUGGUUAAUCGAGUAAUCGGAUAAGGAACAUAAAAAAUUCGAAUACCUUAGCUGAGGCUGAAACGGUAUAAAAUUAAAAAAAAAAAAAAAAAAAAAAAACAUUAAAAUCUAAGUAAAAUAAAAGAAAAAUUACAUAGCAAAAGUCAACCAGCUUAAAUGCUAUGAAAUGCUAACUUUUUUUUUUUUAACAAUGCUUUUGACAAAUGGUUCAAACACAUGUUCCCACAAAAAACAGCUAAUUAUACCUAUCAACUAAAUUCAAAUAAAUUAUUAAUGCAUUAAAUAAAACAUUAGCUCAAACAAAAACUUAGCUUAUGUCGGUCUUAACAGGGAGCAGCUGGAUUCAGCCAUGUGAAAUGAGUUAUGUCGUAUUCACUGUUGCCACUAGAGGGCAGUGUAUCCACCCAAAUCAAUAAAACUAAAUGCAAACACUUUCAAAACCAACCAUUACACCACUGUAUUUAAACGAAUACUUGAAGCAGCAAAAUUUAAUUCGAAUCAUUUUUUCUAAUUGAAUUACUCGAGUUAAUCGAUUAAUCAUUGCAGCACUAAAAUAAAUGAAUACAAUUAAAGUUUAUUGAAGCACCUUAAAUCUAUAAUGCAACAAUAAAACAUUACAGAAAUUAAGAUAACAUUUUUAGAAUGAAGAAUGAUAAAUUGUUUAAAGAAUAAAGGGGAAAAAAUGAAGAAUACAAGGAUAAAUGAAACAAACAAAGGGGAAACUCAGGAAAAACAAUCUAAUAAAAUAGUGAAUGCAAUACACUAAUACAAAAAACAUGGUGAGUCAACCAGUCUUCCCAAACAGAGCUAUCCAAGUCAUCUGGUGAAAAUUCUUCUAGUUUUAAUUUUGCAAUAUAUAUCGCAAACACCCAAAAAAUCGCAAUGCGAGUUUUUCCCAAUGUCGUUCAGCCCUAGAACUGGGUUUAAAAAAUAUCUGUUGUUUAAUUCCCAGUUGGUCAACUCUAUUACACUUAUAGGUGUUACCCCUUGAAUAAUGGUAGCUACAGAAAAUAUAUUUUCAAAAGAAGGAAAUGUUUUAUUGAAAAUAUAUUUUCAAAAGAAGGAAAUGUUUUAUUGAAAAUAUAUUUUCUACUUGCAAUGUUACAUUACUCUGCUUUAAAAAUAUGUCACCUUAGAGAAAUUGGCUGUCAGCCUGUCAGUAGUUUUCACGAUCUUUGGUUUGCACUUUUUGCGGGCUUUUAAUCUUGUGAUUUUUUUCAACCACCGUCUAAGGAAUACAUUGGAGUAUUUCCAUUUUUUAGGCUUUUUUUUAGAUCAUGUCAAGUGCAGCAAGAACAAGCACUAAAUAUCGACCGCCUGUAACGCACCAGAGUUGUUGCAGAGUCACUCAGAGCAUCUUGGCCCCUUUUGUUCGUUAUUGAUAUUCAGAGAACCCGAUCACAUUACCCAACAAUGGAUUCCAUUAUUUAUUCAGCAUCAGUUGCCCGGUUGGGCUUUCAUCAUUCCUAAUACGUGCUGCUCACAAGCAAGUUUCUUUACAUUUAAUACUGAAUACUGGCGUGGCUUCUUUGGUUAACUAGUUUUAGCCCAUCUUGACCUCCUUUUACCCUCCAACACAGUAUAUCCUUUAGAUUUGUACAGUUAUUUAAGAACCAGAGCCAACAUGUUUUAAUUGCAAAAAAUAUAUCGUACAUUGCACAAUAUAUUGUGCAACAGAUACAUCUGCAUUCUGAUGAAAUCAGAACAUUGCACACUCUUUCAACAGUACUGAGUACUGACUACACAAUGCUGUGUCCGCUUUUAAUAUUGUUAAGCAAGCUUUGAUGAACUGUAACAGAGCAUGAAAUAUAAAAACAACACAGUCAGCUUUGCGUGAGCCCGUCUUGUGGGUUUUAUUCUUGAACAUAUUUUCCUGGGACAAUGUCCUCAGCCUUAUUUGUCUGUCGAGAAAAGACGACGCAAGCUUCAGCCUUGACCACUCUCAUUCUCCUGGCUCCAUGGCAGCUGCAGUGCGAGGCAGUGAGUGGUCAUGUGGACGCUGCACGUUCUUAAAUGUCGGUGGAGCACCUCGCUGUUCGAUCUGUGAGGCGCCUCGCCAGAAACCUGACCUUAAUCAGAUUCUUCGCCUGAGCAGUACCGAGGAGCAUCGCUGGGCUUGCCCUCGCUGUACCCUUAAUAAUCCUCAGGGAUCGAGAGCCUGCUCUGUCUGCGGCUUCGGACCAUCAGCCACCACCCCUGCGCCUGCCAUCACAACCAUAGCUGCCACCUCAAACGGUCUCCCCCCUGCUCCUACUACAGAACCCCCAACUCCUACCGUCACACCCGCAGUGCAUUCAGAACCUCAAGGCCAGGUUCCGGUUAAAGAGGACAUGUUGAGACUGUCAGAAACCAAUGGGGAAGUUGGUGGCUUGGAGCAGCAACAUUCAGGCUGGGCUUGUCCUCGUUGCACACUUCACAAUACACCGGUUGCAUUGUCAUGCUCCGCUUGUGGUGGACCCAGGAAACUAUCGUUACCCAAAAUCCCCCCUGAGGCUUUGGUGGUACCAGAGGUUCGCACUCCUGUACUAGGAUUUCCUGUGGCCUCAGCAGGAACUGCUCCUCUAGUCAUAGACCUAACUGAUGAUUCACCUCCAGCUCCUCCCUGCGAACCCCAAGAACCUCCUCAUGUGCCGUCUUCAACAUUUAGUGCUUUUUCCUCCCUCCAGAACAAUCCGGUGCCACGAAGUAGGAGAGAGGUGCCGCCAACUGGCCGACCGCCAAAUCCAGGCACUAACACUCCAAGCCCCACAUCUCCUUCAAGUGCGAGUGUACUCCCCCAGCCUGGCCCACAGAGACCUACCAAACCCAAACAUGCCCAACCCCAGGAGCCCACAUACCCCAGUAAGCGCCUCAGCAUCUUAGAAGAAGAAGACCCUCUAAAGACUCCCCAGGCUUCCCACCACCCUUCCUCAGGAGCUCCCACUUGGAAGUGCCCAGGUUGCUCUUUAGCUAACCCAAGUGGCUCGUCCAAAUGUGAAACCUGCAGAUCAUCACGGGCUGGCGCUGACCUUAUCGAUUUAGGUUGCGAGACGGUGCGUUUCACCCCGGCGAGCCCGUCCAGCCCAGACUUCAGCACCUGGGCCUGCUGCAAGUGCACCCUGCGCAACCCCACAGGUGCGCCAAAGUGUUCUGCCUGUGGAUCGUCCAAGCUUCAUGGCUUCCAGGAGCAACAGGCGCCCUUGCCUCGUUGCUGUACACAUUGUGGUCAGGUCCCCUCUGGGCCUGGCACAGCAUGCUCUUGCACACCAGCCUCUUCUUCAUCUGCCAUUGGACAUAAAACACGGAAACAGGGCAGAGGUUUUUCUUCCUCAUCGUCAGCAUUCACUUCUUCUAGUUCCUCCUCGUCGUCGUCCAUCUCAUCCAGCCUUCCGGAGAGGCCUGGGCAGUGGAGUUGCCCAGCAUGUACGCUGCUCAAUGACAUUAAGGCCAAGAAUUGUGCAGCAUGCCACACGCCCCAGCAGUACCUCACCCUUCGCAAGGUGAUAAAGCCUCUAAAAAGGAGAGAGAGCAUGCAUGUCGAGGCCCGUCGGCGAAAUGAUGAGGGUGAAGCCAAGGAACUCUGGGAGAACAUUGUCAGCUUCUGCAGGGAGAACACGGUGAACUUCGUGGACGACAGCUUCCCCCCAGGACCUCGAUCGGUUGGCUUCCCCGAGGGCGACAGCGUCCAGCAGCGAAUAAAAAAGUGGCUCCGCCCCCACGAGAUCAAAUGCAGUAACUUCAAAGACCGUAGCGUCAAAUGGUCCGUUUUCCGCACGCCACGACCCUCUGACAUCCUCCAAGGGCUGCUGGGAAAUUGCUGGUUUCUCAGUGCUCUGGCUGUUCUGGCUGAGCGUCCCGAACUGGUAGAGAGGGUGAUGAUCACCAGGACUAUUUGCACAGAGGGAGCCUACCAAGUUCGCUUAUGCAAAGACGGGACGUGGACGACGGUGCUGGUAGAUGACAUGCUGCCGUGUGACGACUACGGCUUCCUCCUCUUCUCCCAGGCCCAGAGGAAGCAGCUGUGGGUGGCGCUCAUAGAGAAGGCCCUGGCCAAACUACACGGCUCCUACUUUGCCUUGCAGGCAGGGCGUGCCAUCGAGGGCUUGGCCACAUUGACUGGGGCGCCAUGUGAUUCCCUAAUGCUGCAGGUCAGCUCCACCAAUCCGCGCGAGGAGCCCAUUGAUACAGACCUGAUCUGGGCUAAGAUGCUUAGCUCCAAGGAAGCUGGGUUUCUGAUGGGCGCCUCGUGUGGAGGAGGCAACAUGAAGGUGGAUGAUGCUGUCUAUGAGUCUCUGGGUCUGAGGCCUCGUCAUGCCUACUCCGUCUUGGAUGUACGAGAUGUCCAAGGAUACAGGUUGUUGCGACUCCGUAACCCAUGGGGUCGAUUCUCGUGGAAUGGAAGCUGGUCAGACGAGUGGACGGACUGGCCCCAGAAUCUGCGUCAUGAGCUGAUGCCUCAUGGGAGCGGUGAGGGUGUCUUCUGGAUGGAGUAUACAGACUUCAUCAAGUACUUUGAUUCGGUGGAUAUCUGUAAAAUCCACUCUGACUGGCAGGAGGUGCGACUCCAGGGAUGCUUCCCGAGCAAGGCCAGCGGGCCGGUGACUGUCAUGUCCCUCACUGUACUGGAAAGGACUGCGCUGGAGUUUGCUCUUUUCCAGGAGGGAAGCAGACGCUCAGACACAGCCGACAGCCACCUUCUGGACUUGUGCAUCAUGGUUUUCCGGGCCUCCUUCGGGAGUAGCAACAAGCUGACCUUAGGCCGUCUGUUGGCGCACAGCAAGCGAGCGGUGAAGAAGUUCGUUGGCUGCGAUGUGAUGCUGGAGCCCGGGGAGUACGCCGUGGUGUGUUGCGCUUUUAACCACUGGCAGAUGAACGUGAGCGGAUCAGGAGGACCACCUACACCCAUCUCCAGUCCAACCAGUGGAGCCCAGCGACGGCCCAGUCAGGACUUCCCUGGCUACAUCCUUGCCAUCUACAGCUCCAGACAGGUGAUGGUUGAGCAAGUUGAGGCAGCCGCCACUACACUAGCUGAUGCCAUCAUCCAACUGACGGAAAACAAAGGAGAAAGACAUGAGGGCCGCGAAGGCAUGACGUGCUACUAUUUGACACAUGGCUGGGCGGGGCUAAUCGUGGUGGUUGAAAACCGUCACCCCAAGUACUACCUCCACGUCUCCUGUGAUUGCACGGACAGCUUCAACGUGGUGUCAACACGUGGCAGCCUUAAGACCAUCGACAGCGUACCACCUUUACAUCGGCAGGUGUUGGUGGUACUCUCCCAGCUGGAAGGAAACGCUGGUUUCUCCAUCACGCACCGGCUGGCUCACCGCAAAGCCACGCAGGCCUCUCUUGGCGACUGGACGCCCACCAAAGCCACCCACAGUCCCCAGCUCAUCCCGGACAUUGACGGCCUGCACCGGCCCAGGCCGCUAUGACCAUCGUCCAACGUGGCGCACUUAUCCAAUGAACGGUCAGACCACUGGAACGCUGGGCGAGCGGCACAUGCGGCGAUAGAAACACGUACAAAGAUGUGGAAUGACGCGCAUCUGAAUGUAUUCAUCAACACUGAAGCUUUCUUCUGGGCCCCUCAGGAUGAACGAGGGCGGACUCGUUAGGUUUCAAGCCCCACGGAGCAGAUGGAAUUGUCAAAAUGUGUUCGGUACAAGCGCUGUAUAUGGAUUCCCAGUCCUGUAACUACUGAGCCAUUUACAAGACUUUUUCCCUUCACUUUCCGCCCACUCAGUAAAGCAAAAGGAGAGGACUGGGGGACACUUACUGUAUCGCACCCGAUCUACAAUAUGGUACUUAAUGAGCCAAACCUACCUUUUCAACAAUAUUUUCACCAUGCAGGUACAGUAUCAGUCUUACAUGUUUCAUCCGCAUAGGUUCAUGGUGCAUGUUUUAAAGUCUUAGAAAAGUUCACGUCGCUAACUCAGGACCAACGGUGUGUCAUUUAUGAUAGAAUACAGUGAAGGCCAUCUGUAUUCAUGCUUAAGCAUUUUCAAAUUUGCCUAUUUCCGGAUUUUCUGUAUAUGUCGAAAAUUUACUUGACAGCCAGAGAUGUCCAAUCUAUUUGGACUGGGAGAGCUGAUAGCCUUCCCAGAUCAAAUAGAUUGGACAUCUUUCACCAUCAGUGGCAGUGAAUGAGUUAAUAUUAUUGCUAAUGGGAGGAACUUAAUGGUUGUGGGCUUGUCUAAUUGAGGAAAUCGUGCUUUGUUGCCAUCUUGUGGUCUUUAUUAGUAAUUGCAAGCAUUUUACACGUGUUGCUGAUUCAUUUUUGCUCUCCCUAGUGGGGAUUCACUAUAUUCUACCAUAUUUUAGCUGCAUGAUCAAAGCUGAAUAAUUCCCUUAAGAGAUAGCUGACAGCAAACAACUGAAGUCUUUCAUCCGAGAAAUGCAACGACUCCAUAGCCAGUAGCACUAUAACUGCUUUUAUUAAGUCAAAAACAAGUAUGGUAUUUUUUCUUUUACCCUUUUCAAGUAGGCACAAACACUGUUAUGCCUAUUGUUUUAACCUUUUUAGACAGGAGCAGGGAUUCCCAGACUUUUUCGGUUCACGGUUUAAGUUUAAAAAUUGUAUUCCUUUUCCCAAUAUAUACAAUAUAGUACACAUAGAAUAACAAGACAGACAUGAAUUGACAAUCGAAAAAUGGGUUCCAAAUAUUUACCGCGACAUUCAGAAAUUCAGUUAAAACAUGUCAUCCUUUAUAUGAGGUCCGUCCCAAUACUUUUGUCUCUACCUCCCUUAAUGAAUUCAGUCUGCUCCAGUUUGGUGCAACAGAAACGCUGAAGGCAACAGUUUGCUUUCUUGUUCAGCAGUUAGUUGAAUUCCCAACUGUCUGGUUGCGAAACAAGUGAAUUCAUGCCGCGUCUUCCAUUCCGAAGGUCACCCCGAUAAUUUUUCUAUUACUUACUCAUUUCAACAGUUUUUAAGUGUUUGAAGGAAGUCCCUAAGCAGCUGUUUGGGCAGCCAAACAGCUGCCGCCGGAGUGUCUGGGGAUAAGCAAGCUAGUAAAGUUUACUUUUCCAGUCUUUGUUUACUGAAGCGUGAGAAUCGGGGCCCCUCUCGGAAAGCGCCCAAGAGUGAAAUGACGAAUUGUGUCGAAACCUCUGAGAUGUAGAUAUCCUGCUAAAUUGACCAGUUAGAGAUGAAGCAUACGUUAAAGAUCAGUAGAAUUGCUCAAGAUCAUUUUAUAGUGCACCAGAUUUUUUUUUUUAAUUUGGGGUCUUUGAUUGAAAAGUUGGAAAAGACUUGAAUCCGUCCUGGUUGUAUCUGUGUGUAAUCUACUUAACAUUUAGGAUCUAUGCCUAGGAAUGCCGCAAAUGCUUUUUGGCGCAAAUUGGACAGAAAAAAAAUACUCUUCCAAAUGGUUGCUUCACACAAGAUUAUAAAAGUACUUGAAGUUAUCUUUUUACCGUGACACCCUGUCGUUGAGAUUAUUUCAGUACAGUCAAAUGACCACAUUCAGAUUUUCUAUUUUUGACAUACUUGAAAGCCAAAACUCUGUACUUGUGACUGUGGCUCAUAGUAAAGCAAAUGACACACGGAAAAAUAUAUAUAUAUUUCUAAUACAUUUUUUUCAACCCAGUCAUCAAUUCAUUUUUAAUAACACUAUGUUAAAUGUUUUUGUGAUUUUUAAGCAGCUGUAAAUAUGUCACCCCAAAAGAAACAUCCACGUGUACAAUGACCACUAUUUUCGAUAUUUGCACUGAGCAGCUGUGCAAUUUAAUUUAUUUGGAUCAAUUUGUAGGCUUGUUGUCAAAUGAUUUGUCACUGAGAACGAAUGUAAUGGGGCAAGGUGCACUUUUAUAUUUACAUUUUUGUUUUCUGCCUCAUUCAUUGUCAGUUUGGCUCUUGCUGAUGUCCUUCAGUCCUCCCCACUUCUUUAAACAUGUUUUAGUGGCACCCCCUGCUGCUAGUUUAAGGAGGCUACAGCUAGAGAUAACACCCGGCUACUGAAAUUGUACAUGUACAAAACUAUGUUAUGGGAGGGGGAAAAAACGAAUCAACUUUUAAACUUGUAGUCAAAACAACAAACAGGAGCCUAACGCUGAAAAAUGUGAUAUAAUACUUUAUCGAUCCUUUUUCGGGGAUAUGGUUGUGAAUAUGUGUAUAAAUAUGUAUGUUUUAAUAUUUCAAUCUCAGGUUCCAGUGGACCAAAUAAAAGUUCUUUUUUUAAAUUAAGCACCAGAGUUUUUCUUAAAUGAAUGGAUGGAUUAUUAUUCCCUUAAGGCAGGGUGAGGAACCUAUGGCUCGCGAGCCAGGUCUGGCUCUUUUGACGGCUGCAUCUGGCUCGCAGACAAAUCUUUGUCAGGGAAGCUCAAGUUUGAACUCCAAGACAAGUGUUACCUCGAUAGCUCGAUUAGAGAAAUGAAUACGACCAACCAAAGAUUGCCUGCUUCGAAGACUUUAUAAACAUGAUAUAUCAAGGGUACAAAAUGAUGUGAUUCAGCCAGGAGCUGUGAUCACCCAGAAGUACAAUAGAGGCUGGACAUUUAUACUGUUGAAAGGGCGGUGCUGAAGCCCACCGUGAAACGAAACUUACUAAGAAACGAAAAACUCAUCAUCUCACAAACCUGGGUAUUUUUCCAUACAAAAACAUCUUUGAGCUGAGACCUUGAGCAGUGGUCCCGGCUGGUAGAGAGUGAGUCAGAUCUGAUAAGGGGGUCCACAGACACACAUUGUAUUCAUUCAGGGCAUAUUGGAAAACACGGAAUAAAACACAAAAUAAGGAACAAUCAGAAGUUGGGAAUUAGAUGUUGCGUUCCGUAUUGAACUAAUAAAGAAUAUAAAUGAAUAGAUACAUUUCAAAGAGGCCUGUAAUUGUCAACAUGGUUAAACCUCAACCAUGAGAGACAGAAUGUGGGAAAAAAACAGAAAAUCACAUUGUUUGAUUUUUAAAUC